AUUGAGUCGAGUUCCUGAAUGCUUAUGUGUGGCUUGGCAUGUGUUGUUGAUGAGAAUGCUGGAGAUGAGCUCGUGUAUUAGUUAAAAUUGAGCUGCUCGGAUUGAUCGAAGAGGAAGAGCUAAGGAAUGCAAUAUUUUUUGUUGGAGUUGAGUGCCGAGCUCGUCGGCGUUACUUGGAGGUGAAGCAUAAUGAACGCCUGAAUGGUUCAUUUGAGUUCUCGGCCUCCUCCAUUAAUGGCAUUCCUCUCUCUAUCUCUCUCUCUAUCGACGAUCGCAUGCUUUGAUUCGGAAUUAUGAGGGGCUUCAGUGACUUGGACGACAUUUAAUUAAAACUCUGCAUGAUAUUUGCGCGGAUUAGUUCAUUUGCAGAAAAAUGCAUAGCAUUGGAGUCACCUCGUGCUGAAGAUUAGCUGCUUAUUAGCUCAGACUGGCAGUAUGGAGAAGUUUCUAAAUUCUGCAUCGGUUGAGCUCUGUCCGAGUUCUUUGCAGCUCAGAUUCCAUUUUGGCACCUUUGCCACCUUUUCUCAGCCUGCGCAAUUGCUUUUGGAGAAGAGGAUACCAAUAAGAAGAAAUUUUAAAUGCUUUCUGUGGUUUCAUUCAGAUUAUGUAAAUGCAUGAUAUGAAGUACCAUAGCGCUAAUAUGAGAGAUUGAGUAGCUUAGAUUCAUUGGAAGGAGAAGUUUUGACUAUUGCCUUCUGUGGAAUUCAGCAGCAACUUCAUUGGCAUGGUGCUGUGUUCGGCAAUACUUGAAUUGAAAUUUUAUGGAACUGAGGUGCUAUGUCUGAGCAAAAUCUUGCUGAUGAUGGCACAGAGCAUGGUCUCGUGUAGAUAAAUUGAGCUUUGAUUGCUGGGAUUGAUCAGCAUGGAGAAGAUUUUGGUGCCAUUAUAGUAGUUAAGUGCUGGUGGCAUUGGCAUAGCACAACUGAAGAGGCUGUGAAAUACAUUGAGUUGAAUAUGAUGAGAAUUACCUCCAUCAGUUCUAACUGACAAUAGUUGCACAGCUUGAGAGCUUGUAUCAUUAUCUUGAGCUGCUGAGUAACUUAGCUUAAUCUGACAGGAACAGCAAACAAAGCUUUUACGAGAACUGGAUUCAAGGUGAAGGAUACUAUUUGCAAUUAGGAACUAAGGAAGCACUUAUAAACGCCCUUUUUUUGGCGGCAAAAAGAUUUAGUUCAGCUUUUAACACAAAUUUGUCUCGCGCUCUCUGCACUUGUUAUUCGUGCUGUCGAGCAUGAGAAACCGAUUGAGCAGCUCUUUUAUAGUCUCCAGAAUCUGCAGAGCCAGGACGAUGGUAACCUAGCUGUUCUAGAGAUGCUCACUGUUCUCCCUGAAGAAAUUGUUGACAAUCAGAAUGCAGAUUGUAAAAUAAGUUCAGCCUGUAGAAAUCAGUAUAGCCAGGAGCUUCUUGCACAUACUCCUAUGGUAGUUGAGUUUCUACUUCAGCAGUCCGAGAAAAAUUUUGAUGGUAACUUACAACUCCAAGAGCGAAGCAGGAAAAUCUUGCGUUGUUUCUUAAGUUGGGUGAAAGCAGGAUGCUUUUCAGAGAUUCCUCAAGGGUCAUUGCAUGCACAUCCUCUUCUUAAUUUUGUAUUUAACUCUUUACAGGUUUCAUCUUCAUUUGAUUCUGCCAUUGAAGUUGUCACUGAGCUUAUCAGUCGGCAUGAGGGCCUACCCCAGAUUUUGUUAUGUAGGGUACACUUCCUUAAAGAAGCACUCCUUUUGCCUGCACUGGCAAAUGGGGAUGAGAAAGUAAUUGCCGGUCUCGCAUGUUUGUUAUCAGAAAUUGGACAAGCUGCUCCAUCUUUGAUUGUAGAAGCUAGUGCUGAAGCACUUGGUUUGGCAGAUGCAGUUUUGAGCUGUGUAGCAUUUCCGAGUGAAGACUGGGAGAUUGCUGAUUCAACCGUCCAGUUUUGGGCUACUCUUGCAAACUAUAUUCUUGGCCUAGAUGGGGAUAGUGCAAAAUCCAGAGAUGUUUUCCUUUCUAUAUUUUCGGCAUUGCUUGAUGCUCUUUUAUUACGCGCACAGGUGGAUGAAUCAACAGUGAGUGAUGAUAGUGGAUUCAUUGACCUGCCUGAUAACCUUGUCCAGUUCAGGACUAAUCUUGUCGAACUUUUGGUGGAUAUUUGUCAUCUUUUGGGAUCUGCUGUAUUCUUACAAAAGCUUCCCUUUGGUGGUUGGACAUCUGCUAAUUCGUCAAUUCCUUGGAAGGAAAUUGAGACUAAAUCAUUUGUGCUGAAUGUGGUAGCUGAAGUUGUUAUACAGGAGGGCCAAACUCCUGAUUUCUCAGCAAUAAUGCAGUUGGUGACUGCAUUGUCCGCCAGAUCUGCUGAUGAGUUAAAGGGCUUCAUCUGCAUUGUAUACAGAUCUCUUGCAGACGUCGUUGGUUCAUAUUCAAAGUGGUUAUCUGCUUUUCUGACAAAUGCAGGCCCAUUAUUGUUAUUCCUUGCCUCGGGCAUUUCAGAACCUGUAGCUUCUAAUUCUUGUGCAUCUGCUCUUCGCAAAGUUUGUGAGGAUGCUUCUACGAUAGUUUUUGAUUCUUCAAAUUUAGAAAUCCUGAUGUGGAUCGGGGAGGGUUUGGAGAAGAGACGUUUACCUUUGGAGGAGGAAGAGGAAGUUGUCAGCGCGAUUAGUCUAGUCCUCAGUUCUUUACGAAAUAAAGAGUUAAAGAAUAACUUGCUUGGUAGAUUUCUUUCAACUAGUUAUGAGGCUAUCGGGAAACUUAUUGAUGAAGAUAGCAACUAUUCUCCGAGGUAUAAUCCAGCAGUUUAUUCACACAUUUUGGACUCUGCUGCAAGAGGGUUUUACAGGAUGGGAACUGUGUUCAGCCAUCUUGCAACAACUCUGCCCGAUGGAGCUGCUGGAGACGAUACAGUACUUGCAUUACUGAGUGUUUUCUGGCCCAUCUUGGAGAAACUUCUUCGGUCUCCGCACAUGGAGAAUGGACAUUUAGCCUCAGCGGCUUGUCGAGCUCUAUCUCAGGCAAUUCAAUCAUCAGGCCAGCACUUCAUAACAUUACUGCCUGGCAUACUGGAUUGCCUUUCAUCAAAUUUUGUGGCAUUCCAAAGUCGUGAGUGCUUCAUAAAAACAGCUUCUAUCGUCAUUGAGGAAUUUGGCCAGAGAGAAGAAUAUGGACCUCUAUUUGUCACCACUUUCGAGAGAUUUACCCAUGCAGCAUCAGUGAUGUCUCUUAGCUCCUCAUACAUAUGUGAUCAAGAACCUGAUUUAGUGGAGGCCUACAUGAAUUUUGCGUCUACAUAUGUUCGUGGAACUCGUAGGGAUGUACUAGCUGCUUCUGGUUCUCCACUUGAAGUCUCCUUCCAGAAGGCAGCUAUAUGCUGCACUGCCAUGCACCGUGGUGCAGCUCUAGCGGCACUGUCUUACUUAUCUUGUUUCUUAGAGGUGGGUUUGUCUUCUUUGUUGGAAACAAUGGGCUCUGCUGCUGAAGGAUCAUUCAAUGCCACUGUAAUUCGGGUAGCAUCUCACAGUGGUGAAGGGCUCUUAUCAAAUCUUGUAUAUUCUUUGCUUGGUGUUUCUGCAAUGUCACGGGUGCACAAGUGCGCGACGAUAUUGCAACAACUAGCGGCCAUAUGUAGUUUAAGCGAGAGAACGUCAUGGAAGUCCAUCCUUUGUUGGGAAUCCUUGCGUGCUUGGCUUCAGCUGGCGGUGCAAGGUCUCCCUGCGGAGUACCUGAAGCCUGGGGAAGCAGAGUCUCUGGUUCCGCUUUGGCUGAAAGCUCUUGCUGCUGCAGCCCCAGAAUACGUCGAGAGCAGCCAGAAGAGCACUGGUGAAUCGACGACUGUGUGGGCCCACAUGCAAGGAAAAGGAGGCAGAAUGCUCAAGCGCUUGGUUCGAGAAUUCGCUGACAGUCACCGUAACAUCCCAAACCUCACAUGACGAGACAAGUCCCUGAGAAUCAUUCAAGUCCACCAACCUCCUUUUUUUUGAUGGAAUCUGUAACAUAAAAAUGGGAACGGCUCACAUUCAAGCUCGGGUUCAAGUGUCGAGCUGAGGUCAACCCUGAAUAUAUAAUUCUUCUUCGACAAAAUCUUUGACCAAGAAGGCCAUUAUUUUUGUGUACAGUGUAAUGCCCCAGAGUAUUGUCAGACCGGAAGGUCGGGUUCGGAUAUUGUUCUAUAGUCAAUUUGCGGCAGCUCCACUAUAGUCGAUAAAUCUUCAGAUGGUAGAUGUGGAAAGAGUUUCACUAUUUUUCCGUGUAAAUGAUGUAAUACUUACUAGAGAUUAUGGAAAACUUCCAUAUUAACAUGUGCUGGCAAUUUGGAGAAGAGGCUCUCUUCUUAUGGAAGAGACAAUCAUAAUUCUCUUCGAAAAAGCUUGAAAGAUGA